ACCCCACAGCUGCUCUGGCUACUCCCUCUCAGUUUUAUUACUUAAUGUUUACCGUUUACGCGACAGUCGUUAAAAUUUGUUCAAGUUAUUUAUGUGUGAGAACAAACUGACGGUUGAACUUUUCCUGUGAUGAUUGUGUGACGAGUGAAAUAACGUGGUGCAGGAACUUUUUGGGUGAUGACUGUGCAUGUGUGAGCCAUCCCCAUCAUAAGCAUACAGGGAUGUUCAGUGAAUGUGGGGGUAAUUCCUGAAAACUAUGUAUGUUUAGCAAGGAGGUCAGUGAAGGACUCAUCGUGGUAAGGAGUUGCAGCUGUAAGGACUUCAUCAAGUGAUAAGGAGGGAUAAAGGGUCUUGGGGCCUCUCAGGAGCUAACGAUGUUUGAAGUUUACAAGUGAUUUUGUAGUUGUUUGUUAACUAAGGCAACCCCUCUUCGAAGCUACCAUUGACUAUUAUCAGCUAACGAUAUAAAGGUGAUCUGUCAGCUGCGUCACCCAGAGUAGAAACUCUAAUGUGGAAUUUGCAGUCCUAUGGCUAUUUUUAGCUUACGACUACUGUACCUUUAAAAAACUACUGUAUUAAAGCUUAUAAUCUUUAAGCGACUCACUGGAGUUUUGACAUACUUGAGGACCCAAUCAGAAACUGUUAAUACCUGUAACGUACUAGUGAUCCGGUGGCGAUUCACUCAGUAACAAGAGAUAAUGUUCCUUGGGCGAGUUUUGUUUUACCCUGAAGAACUUCAAGGCGCUGUCUUGUGGCAAUAUUUCUUUACGUAUAUAUUUUUCUACUGAAAUCUAAUAGAGCAUCUUCAGGGUAACCGCGUAACGUUGACGAAGAUGGUGUUUAUAGUAAUAAGGUAUAACUACCUUCCAUGGUUGUGACUUAAUUGACAACUAAAGCUGAUAAAUGGCUGGGCAGACAGUGACUGCCAGCUGUCAGCACAAAAGUUUAUGUUAUUUACAAUUGGUUGUUUCCAGUGACCAGGUGUUAACAGCAUAGGUUUAUGCUGAGUAACCAUCUGUCAGUAGUAAGACCAACUGUUAAUAAUUACCUGGCAGCACAAUGACCAGCUGUUAACGGCCACCUGUCAACAUAAUGACUGACUUGAAAUUACGAACAACUACAGCUAUGAACAGCUAAGGGAACAGCCACUAACACAAUAGCCUGUUCGUAAUUAUAACUUGCAGUAAACUUCUAGUUAAUAUUCAAGGACAAGCAGUGUUAGUAGUUAACGCAACUAUCAGUAGAACGACUUGUUGCUACAGAAACGAAAAGUUGAUGAUAAUACAUUCAUUUGUCAUCGGAACUCUACAACUAGCUAUCACCUACACGACCAAUUAUCACCAGAAUAUCUAGCCGUCAUCAGGAUAACCAGCUGUCACUAGAAUAAACAACACUGUCAACAGCGUCACUCGGUUGUGUGGGCAUUGAGGCAUAACUAAGCUAAGGAGGUCGUAAUUGGCCCGCCUUGAUGCUACAACACGCUGCUCGUCCAAAACUGGACCCACUCAAUAUUUCGGGAUGGGCGUCCCAUAAUAAUUUGAAGAGUCACGCCCCUACCACGCCCCCUCACGUCUACGCACCCACUGCCCCAGGGAUGGGGCGCGGCGUUGGGAGCGCUGGGUUUCGUGACCAGGUGGUUGGGCUGGGUUAUCUGUGGGAGACAUGGACAGAGGCAGAGCAGGUGGUGGUCGUGUAUUCCCUCGUCCGGCGGCUUGGUCCAAUCCCUGCUAGAUUUCUCCUCAACGUGCUCACCCACACCACCGCACCCGACGCCGCCGACCUUGCCCCCGCCGAGGCCACCGCCAAUGACCCAGACACACCCCCAAAACCUGGUAUCUGCAGACUUGGACCAUUGCCAUACCACAGCUUUAUGCCUGACUUGCUGACAGUCACAAAGGGUUCUUAGCCAUGCUUCAUCUUGUGUGUGACCUGGACCAACAGAGACAAACAGACUUCAGUCAAUACCUGCAGUACUCUGAUAGACUGAAUUAAGACUGCAGUAGACUAAACCACUCUGUGACAUGCCAUGACUACCUUGUGUUACCACCUGAGAUUUGGAUGCAGGUAAGUCAGCCAUAUCAUGUCUUGGUGAUGGGAGUGCAUUCAAGAGUGAAGUAAGUGAUCUUAUUAAUGUGGUCCUUGUUUGUAUGGUAUUAUCAUGUUUAUUAGC